ACGGCUGUGUACGGCUGUGGUGCAGGUGUGACACUUGUACACCAAGGACAGAAUGGGCGCUGCGGGCGGCUGGCUGUGCCGGGGCGGCGCGGUGCUCAGUGUUGGCCAGACCGUCGGCCCGUGCGCACGGCAGUCCGCGCUCUCGUGUCCCUUUCUUGACCUUCGUUCGUGUGUUCUUUCUUUACAGUCUAUUCCCCCACGCCCACGGCCGCCCACACCGCCAAGGAUCUAGUUAGUGCCCUUCCGAACGGUGCCAUGCCCGUGACGCCCUAGUGUUGCUUUCCGCCAGUGCGCCUGCGCGCCAGCCACGUGACGCUGUCAUGACCCGCCGUGCCCUCAGCCCACACGCCCAGAGUCGUGCCCACGCCCUCCGCCCAGCCCUGGGAUGGGUUGUGGCGUGGGUGGUGGUGGGCGUGGUGGCGCCCACGUGCCACGCCAACCCGGACGCCAAGCGGCUCUACGACGACCUCCUCAGCUCCUACAACCGCCUCAUCCGCCCCGUGCAGAACAACACGGACACCAUCACCGUCUGGAUGAGGCUCCGUCUCUCGCAACUCAUCGACCUGGUGAGUGCCCGCCUGUCUUCGCAGCUGUGGAUCCCCCGUGCUACUCGACCCCCAUUUAGCGCACUGUCGCCCCGCACCGACACCUCGACUCAGGCCAAAAAGGCCCUCGUGCUCCUCCUCCUCCUCUCCUGGCAAGUGCCGAUGUCCGCGCCGCCGUCCUCGUCAUGAGCUCUGCUGCAACGGACACCCUCGUCUAGCACCGGGAGCUGCAGCUAGCCGGGGACCCUUGUGGGACGAGGCCGCUCUUGCUGAUCCUUCGUGACUCCGGGACACUCUCCUCCUGAAGCCACAGAUAUGGACCAGCGUUUCGAUGAUACUGUGUUGUCUCCAAAGUGUUCUGAUAGUACAAUAGCUAGACCCGUUUUUUUUUUUUUUUUACCAUUUACGCGUACAAUAUUUGUCUAAACUGGCAAAUACCUCCUUCGCGGUUGCUUCAAUUAAUGUAUUUCCUAUUGAUGAAGUUUGAGCUUUAAUUACAUUUUACUAAAAUGUAUUGUGAAAUCACUGGACAAUCACACACAAGGUAACAAUGACAUAGCAGGUAAAAAACAAGUAUACAAACCGGAAAUACAUAUUGUCCAUGAACAUUUAAACGACUUAACAUGAGACCUGCAAGCAAAAAUAUCGAAGGUUUAGAUAAAGGUACGCAAGCACAACCCUUUGCUUUCGGUAUGUAAAGGAAAGGAGAGAGAGAG